AUUGUAAUUUUGAAAACUUGAAACAAAUGACAAUUUAAUGAUUUUUUUGAAUACAAGAAGUCAUAUGUAUUGAGACUAUUGUCAAUUGAAUGGAUAAUAUAUGCGAUAUCAGUGAUGAUGAAGAACUGAUCCAUAGCUUGAAACAUGUGACAAAUGAUACCAUUGAUGUCACUUCAGAUAAACUACGAGUCGAUAGUCAUGUGAAGAAGUCAAAUGAAGACAAACUGACGACUAAUUCAUGUUUGUCUACUUCACCACUCAUGAGUCCAAACACAUGCAAAUCACUUCUUCCACAACAAACCAUACGAUCCGAACUGAGACGCGAUUUCUUAAGACUUUUAUCAUCACUUCAUAAGCGAAAAGUGUUAUUAAAACUAUAUGAGUGUCCACUGGUAUUGUCGGCCACUUUCGAUGGCUGUGACUAUGAUUUGCGACACAUCUUUGUCUCGUCUUUUGUCACACCAAUUGGUUUAGAGAAGUCUGCGAUCGUUAGGACACAAGAUAUAUGUGAACUUGAGUUUGAUCUCUAA